UCAUUUCCACGAGACCUUCAAGUCUUUAUUCUGUACUUAUCCAUCACUUUACCAUUUUCUCCUUUCUUUGUCCCUUCUUUAAACCCUUUUUCGUCAUUUAACUUAUCCUUAGCUUCUACUCUUUUAUACCUUACACACUGUCUUCACUCUUAUUUAACUUGACAACUAGACAUUCUGCACAUCAUUAUUUCUCAUCUUUUUAUUACUCAGAAAAAAAUUAGUAAAAGAAUUGAGUGUUGUAAGUAGAAAAAAUGGAUCGACGUGGUGGAGGCAGCGGCGGCAGAGGUGGAGGUAACCGUGGUCGUGGACAAGGACAAGGACGUGGUUACUAUGAACAGGGACAAGGCCGUGGUGGAGGUAGGGGUGGGCCCCAGAUGGGUGGUGGAAGAGGUGGGGCCCAGACUCCACAGCAAUGGGGGAACCAGCCAAGGGGGGGAUCUGGUCAGUUUCGUGGAUCUCCGUACAAUCAGUCCGCAGGUCAAAACUAUCCAGUUAGUCAGAAUCCGGGUCGUGGUGGUACUUGGGUCAACCAGCCUGUCCAACGUGGCGGCUUCGGUACUGGUUGGGCCAGGCCAGCACAACAGCAGCCUCAGCAGGAGGUUGUGCAUCGGCCUCCUCCUCCUCCUCCUCAGUCGUCUGAUCCUGUUCAAGUUGAUCUGGGGUCCCUGAGUAUUAAGGAACGGAAUCCAUCAUCUCCUCCAAAAAGUAACAUGGAAAAGCGUGUACCUGUUGCUCGACCUGAUACUGGAAAAAUUGCUGUUAAGUCAGUUAGACUGCUUGCUAAUCAUUUUCCUGUUAGAUUUAAUCCCCAGACUACCAUAAUGCAUUAUGAUGUGGAUAUUAAACAAAACUUUGCUGGCGAGAAUCGGCCUGUGAGGAAGUUAAUAAACAAGUCUGAUCUGCGUUUGAUAAGAGAACAGUUGUCUGCGGAUAAUCCUGCUCAGUUUCCCAUUAAUAAAACUGCAUAUGAUGGUGAGAAGAACAUUUUCAGUGCUGUUCAACUCCCUACUGGCUGUUUCACUGUGAAUUGCUCUGAUGGGGAUGAUGCUAGGGGACGUUCAUUUGACGUUACCAUCAAGUUUGUUGCUGAAUUAAAACUUUGCAAGCUGAAAGAGUAUUUGAGUGGAAACCUGUCCUAUAUUCCUCGUGAUGUACUACAAGGAAUGGAAUUGGUUAUGAAAGAAAAUCCUUCCAGGUGCAGGGUGUCUGUAGGUCGUUGUUUCUACUCUAAGGAGCACCAGGCUGAACAUGAUUUUGGCUUUGGGGUUGCUGCAUAUAAAGGUUUCCAGCAGAGCCUAAAGCCUACAUCUGGAGGGCUUGCAUUGUGUUUAGAUUACUCAGUUUUGGCACUCAGGAAACCUAUGCCAGUGCUAGACUUUCUGAGGGAUUAUAUUGGAGAAUUUUCCGAAAAUAAUAAUUUCGGAAACAAAUGGCAAGUUGCAAGUGAUGCAUUGGUUGGUUUGAAAGUCAAAGUAAUUCAUCGUCGUGCCAGUCAGAAGUUUCUUAUUAAGGAGCUAACUAAACGAAAGACUCGUGAUCUUACUUUUCCCCUUGUAGAUCCAGAAGGAAAAGAUCCCCCAAGGGAAGUUUUUCUUGUUGACUACUUCAGGGAUAAAUAUCAGCGGGAGAUUAGGUACAAAGAUUUACCUUCAGUAGAGCUUGGAAAAGGUGAUAAGAAGAACCAGGUCCCGUUGGAAUUGUGUGUAUUGGUCGAGGGACAACGGUAUCCUAAGGAGCAUUUGGAUAAAAACACAGCCUUGUUUUUGAAGAACAUAUCGCUAGCUCGACCCCUAGAGAGAAGGGAGACAAUAUGUGAAAUGGUACGGGCUGAAGAUGGGCCGUGCGGGGCUAUCACCCGUAAUUUUGAGAUUGGAGUUGAUACGAACAUGACCCGUGUUACGGGCCGUAUUCUUCCUCCCCCUGAUUUGAAGUUAGGCGGUCAAAGUCGACUUCCUGUGAAUGAUAAAUGUCAAUGGAACCUUGUUGGGAAAUCUGUGGUGGACGGCAAGGCGCUUCAGCGAUGGGCAUUGAUAGAUUUUAGCUCCAAAGAACGCAACCCCAACUUUAGGCUACGAGCUGAUGAAUUUGUCUAUAGAUUGAGAGAUCGGUGCAGAAAGUUGGGGAUCAAUAUGGAUGAACCUUCCAUAGAAUAUUUUGGCAGCAUGAAUGAACUCUCUGUCGUUGGUAAGGUUGAGGAUCUCCUAAAAGAUGUGGUUAAUGAAGCUGACAAGAGAGGUAAGGGGCGACUUCAAAUGAUUAUUUGUGUUAUGGCAGCAAAGCACAAUGGAUACAAAUAUCUUAAGUGGGUCUCUGAGACCAAAAUUGGCGUUGUAACCCAGUGUUGCUUGUCUUCUAAUGUCAACAAGGGACAGGAUCAAUAUCUUGCAAACCUCAGUAUCAAGAUUAAUGCAAAACUUGGAGGCAGCAAUAUGGAACUUAUGGAAAGACUUCCUAAUUUUGGUGGUGAAGACAAUGUCAUGUUCAUUGGAGCUGAUGUUAAUCAUCCUGCUGCAAGGAAUGUGACAUGUCCUUCCAUAGCAGCUGUUGUUGCCACUGUCAACUGGCCAGCUGCUAAUAGAUAUGCCGCUAGAGUUUGUCCUCAGGAGCACAGGACUGAGAAGAUUCUGAAUUUUGGAAGCAUGUGUGCUGACCUACUUAAGGCUUAUGCUCGACUCAACUCGGUUAAACCGAACAGGAUUGUUGUUUUCCGUGAUGGUGUGAGUGAGGGUCAAUUUGAUAUGGUACUCAAUGAAGAGCUGGUUGAUUUGGCAAAGGCUAUAUACGACAAUCACUAUCAACCAGCAAUCACUCUUGUUGUGGCUCAGAAGAGACACCAUACACGACUAUUUCCCGAGGGCGGUCCUGCGAAUGUGCCUCCGGGUACUGUUGUGGACACGAUAAUUGUUCAUCCAUCUGAUUUUGACUUCUAUCUUUGCAGCCACUUUGGAGGGUUGGGUACCAGCAAGCCAACUCACUACCAUGUUCUAUGGGAUGAGAACGGUUUCAAUUCUGAUCGAUUACAAAAGCUUAUAUACAACAUGUGCUUCACUUUCGCGCGGUGCACUAAACCUGUUUCGCUUGUUCCACCAGUUUAUUAUGCAGACCUUGUUGCCUACAGGGGACGGAUGUUCCAAGAGGUGCUUAUGGAGAUGCACUCUCCGGGGUCUACAACUUCAUCCUAUGCUGCUUCAUCAUCAUCAUCUUCAUCAACUGCCUCAUUCGAACAAAGAUUUUAUGAUUUGCACCCUGAUCUGCAGAACAUAAUGUUUUUUGUUUGAUGACAGCUACCAUCGUGUUGUGCCUGAUUGCAGGCACCUUUCUGUCUGAGAUGACAAACCCCUAAGCUUUUUGGUCUCCUUCACCAUUCUCAGACUGGGAAGGAGAUGGUUGUCUACAUUUUGGAGAUGCCCAUUUCCAAACGCAUUUGAACCUCCUUUCUGUCGAACCUUGCAAAGGAGUUUGUGCGUGAAUCUAAUGGGAUUUCAUGCUGCUUUUAUUUCUGCCGUGUCUUUUAUUUUCUAUGGUACUCACUUUCAGAGGUGUGAGUUCUGGGGAGUGAGUUUGUCCAUUGUGGUGUUAAUGGUUUGACGUUUGAUUAUGUUUUUUUACUUUGGUCUCUGGAGGUCACUGCCAAGUUUGUCUGUACUCUGUGUUUAUAUUGUGUGAUGUGUUUUAUUAUGUAUUCUGAGACAGCAGUUGAAUUUCAUUUAAUGUAUUUGUGUUUGUGCUA